UUGCGCGAUAACGAGGUUUAGACGUGGAGAGCGGUAAAUUAGAGGGAGUAUCACAGAAAGUUGCAUAUGGCUUUUAAUGACGAAAUAGCAGUUAUGAAUAUAUCUGAUCUAGUCAUUAAGACCACAGAAAUGCAUACAGGAGGGGAGCCACUCAGAAUUGUAGAAUCUGGGUAUCCGAAAAUCUCAGGAGAAACUAUAUUAGAGAAACGAAAAUUCGUAAAAGAAAAUUUUGAUUUUUUGAGAAAGUUUCUCAUGUUUGAACCAAGAGGGCAUUUCGACAUGUAUGGCGCGCUUCUCAUAGAACCAGACAACCCUGAAGCAGAUAUGGCAGUUUUGUUUAUGCAUAAUGAAGGGUAUAGCACCAUGUGUGGCCAUGCAGUGAUUGCAUUGGGGCGCUAUGCUCUUGAUAAGGGGCUUGCAAGGCAUAAACCGUCCCCUCCCGAGACUGAGGUGAAUAUCCAAUGUCCAUGUGGCCUGGUGAAAGCCUUUGUUGAAUGUAAUCACUUAGGAGAAACUGGGCGAGUGAGGUUUCACAGUGUGCCCUCCUUUUUAUUUGCUGCAGAUGUUAAAGUGUCUGUCCCAGGUUAUGGUGAACUCCAGGUGGACAUAGCUUAUGGAGGAGCAUUCUAUGCAUUCGUUACCACAGAAGCAUUGGGUCUCAACUUCCAAACAAACAAAACUUCUGAAAUAGUUGAUGCAGCCUCAAAAGUUACAGAAGCAGUAAAAUCCACUGUGAAACUCCACCACCCAGAUAGUCCUGACCUGGCUUUCUUAUAUGGAACCAUUGUCACUGAUGGCAAGGAAGAGUUCUCUCAGGAACCAACUGCUAACAUUUGUGUCUUUGCUGACAGACAGGUAGACAGAUGUCCUACUGGUUCUGGAGUAACAGCACGUAUUGCUCUUCAGUUUGCCAAGGGCCUGAUAAGUAUUGACCAAGAGAGGGCGUUUGAAAAUGGUUGUACUGGGUCUAGAUUUACUGGCAAAGCUAUACGUAGUUGCAAGGCAGGAACACAUGAUGCUGUUGUGGUGGAAGUGAGUGGCAAUGGAUAUUAUACUGGAUCUUGUACCUUUAUAGCAGAGGCAAAAGAUAUGCUGAAAGAGGGAUUCAUUCUGAAUUGAAAAAAUAGCUGAUUGUAGUCAAUUAUAAUUAAUUGGCCGGUAUCAUAAUAAUACAAUAUUUAUUUGUUUUUAAGAUCAAGAUGUCAAUAUUAAAAGGAGUUGUGACAGUGGAAAAUGCCUUACAACAAUGUAAUGAUGAUGAUCAACAUUGUGGAGAAUAUCCAUCCGUAUUUGACUUAAGUUUUGCUUAUUUAUCUUAGAGUUGAAGUGAACAUAAUUAUCUCCAUCCUGAACAUGGGAUUUUUUUCUAAUUAUGUGCUGAUACAAUUGAAGGGGUUUAAGGUAAAGCUUGAAAACAGCUAUUCUGUGAUAUUUAAUUAUUAUUUUUUUAAAUUUUGAUAUUUUAACUAAAUAACAUAUACACAUCAAUACAGCAUAUUGAAAAAUAUGUAUGUUAGAUGAGAGCAAUGGUGCUGUUACAUUGUAAUGCAUUUAUUAUAUUUACCUAGAGAUGUUUUGUGACUGACCAUGGUGAUAUAUGCUUUAU